UUGAAUAUUUGUUGCCUGUUAAUUUAUUUGAUAAUUAAAAAAGAACGGACGGAGAUUAUGACAGAGAAGAGUGUGUGAGAGACAAGUAAAGAAAGAGGUGGAGGGACCAGAGACCACGGGUGGCGCGAUGCGACGUCGGCUGUCGUGCUCGUGACCGCAGCCGCGCCUUCCCGCCUCCACCUCCUCCUGCGAUUCCGAUCCGCCGCCCUGUCCGGCCGGCCGGUAAGCCCCGCCUCCGCCCUGUUCCCUCGGCACCCAUUUUUCAUUUCAACUGAGAGGCGGAGGAACCAACCCAGGCACCCAACCAACCCUAGAUCCACCGCUUCUGCCACACGAGAGGGAGAGAUAGACCUCUCCGAUCUAAUUCCGCAUGGCCUCCUCCUCCUCCUUCGCCCCCGACGACCAGACCGACGCCGACUUCUUCGACAAGCUCGUCGACGACGACGACCCCGCCACCAGCCUCCCCGACGACCCACCCAUCCCAGAGCCGCAGGCGCCUCCCGAGGGUUCAGGCAAGGGCGGCGCCGGCGUCCACACUGCGGUCAAGCAGGUGCAGUGGGCUUCCUUCGGAGGUGGCGCGGACGACGGUCCUGACCCAUUUGCUCAUCUCUCGGGAGGCGCCGGCGACGACGACGGCUUCCUCGUGACCACGGCCGGGACCCAGACGGCCUCGGAUCACGCCUUCUUUGGCGGGACCCAGAGCUUGGCCGCCGAGGUGACGGACCAGGACUUCUUCGCCGGGAGCAACUCCUCCAAUCAGCAUAAUGUCAGUGGUCAGCACGACCAGGGCGGCGGCAGCACUGCAGUGGAUUCAGCAGAUCCCAUGUCUUUGGAGGCCAUGUACCCUGGGUGGAAGUAUGAUGAGGCCUCCCAGCAAUGGUACCAGCUUGACGACAGUGUAAAUUCAACUGGGAAUGCAGCUCAGGUGCUGGACAACAGCACUCGGUAUGCACAGCAGCAGCAGCAGCUCCACGCCUCUUAUCUGCACAAUUCAGUGCAUUCAGGGCUUGAGACAAUUGCUGAGGAGGGCACUACCGCAACCGGUGCUGUCUCAAGUUGGGGCCAAGGGGCUGCCUCAGAGUACCCACCCAACAUGCUCUUCUAUGCAGAGUACCCUGGUUGGUACUUCGACACCAACACCCAGCAGUGGCACUCCCUCGAGUUAUACCAGCAGGCCGCCAUGCAGGCUGGAACAGCUAGCAUGGGCCAGACUGUUAUUGCAAACGACGGUGUUGCUGCAACUUCCUCUCUGACAGGCUAUAAUGCCGCACAAAAUGAGGACCUUGCUGCCCAUGAUCAGGUCACCCAACACAACUCAUUCUCGAAUAGUUUCGCUCAUCAGAACCAAUGGCAGAUUACCGAUGCAUUUGGUAACAAUGUACGAUCUGAAUGUGCUACAGAGAACAGCCUGGCUAGUAGUUCCUAUGGUUUUCAACAACACAGGAAUGCUGAUUCUACCAGUUCAUCUACGAACCAACGGGCUGGUUUUAAUGCAGCUGAAACUGUUACUGAUCACUAUGGUGGACGCAAGGGCGUUGAAUCGCCAAGUAUUCAGAGCGGUUAUAGCACUUCUGACAUUCAACAAUCCAGUCACAAGGCAUUCGAACCUUACACGGGUUAUCAGGACCAUUACAAAGCAUUUGAACCUGCCACAGGUCACCAUGCCAGUAACAACAUGUUCAAACAGUCCACAGGUAACCAGGGAGGUUACAAGGCGUUUGAACCUGCCAUGGAUAACCAGAGUGGCUACAAGGCAUAUGAACCUUCUAUGGGUCACCAUAGUGCUUCCUGGGAACCCGUGCCUUCCACGGGUCACCAGACUGAUUUCAAGGGGUCCGGAGCUUCAACUGUUCAUCAGGCCGGAUACAAAGAAUUUGAAACUUCUACAGGUUACAAUACAAGUUUAAAGGCAUUUGAACCUUCUUCAUCUCAACAUGCUGGUUACAUGGGUUCCCAAUCUAACUACAUGGGAUUUGACACUUCUACAAACCACCAUGGUUAUGGCGAUGCAAAUGUUGUUGCGAGCACUCAAGGCUUUGUCCCAAUGCAAACCACAUACCAGGGACAGACACAAGCAAUUGCAAACUCACAAGUGCACCUGUCAAAUAGCUAUUUGGGUAUUGACAACUCCAUGAACUUUAAUCAGCAGCAAUUUCUGGGUGCAAAUGCCUCAAACUUGCAAUUCAGUCACUCCCCACAUGAUGGUAGAGCUGGACGACCACCACAUGCUCUCGUUUCUUUUGGGUUUGGAGGGAAGCUCAUAGUUAUGAAAGAAGCUAGCUCCAUGCCCGCAAGCUUUAACAAUGGAAUUCAGGGUAACUCUAGUGGCACAGUUUCAGUUCUUAAUCUGUCAGAGGUGGUCAUGGAUAAAAUUGAUUCUUCAAGCAUCACUAAUGGUAGUGCACUUAGUUAUUUCCAUGCUCUGUGCCGCCAACCAGUUCCUGGUCCUCUGGUUGGUGGAAGUGCUGCAUCAAAGGAUGUAAAUAAGUGGAUUGAUGAAAUGAUUGCAUGGUACGAUUCUUCUAGUGAACUCCAGAGAAGUGAUACUCGCAAGUUGCUUAUUUCAUUGCUGAAGAUACUGUCUCAGCACUAUGGAAAACUCCGUUCACCUUUUGCGUCUGACCCAUCACAAGAGGAGACAGAUGGUCCAGAAAUGGCAGUAACUAAGCUAUUUUCAUCGUUUAAAAGUACUGUUAAUAUGGGAGAUUAUGGAUCCAUUGUUUCUUGCAUGAAAAAUAUUCCUUCAGAAAGUCAGAUGCAGGCUGUUGCACAGGAGGUCCAAAAUCUUCUAGUUUCUGGGAGAAGAAAAGAGGCCCUUCAGUGUGCCCAGGGAGGUCAACUUUGGGGACCUGCAAUCAUACUGGCAUUGCAGCUCGGUGAUAUGUUUUAUGUGGAUACAGUGAAGAAAAUGGCUCACUUCCAUUUUGUAUCGGGGUCCCCUCUGCGAACGCUAUGCCUUCUGAUUGCUGGACAACCUGCAGAUGUUUUUAAUGUAGAUAACAAUGUCAACAUUGACUAUGGUACAUCCCAUCAACCUAUGGAGCCUGGUCCUAAUGGUAUGUUGGAUGAUUGGGAGGAGAAUUUAGCUAUUAUUACUGCAAACAGAACGAAAGGUGACGAUCUAGUAAUCACCCAUCUUGGUGACUGUCUCUGGAAAGAAAAAAAUGAGAUUGCAGCUGCUCAUUCGUGCUAUUUAGUUGCCGAACUAAAUAUUGAUUCAUACUCGGAAAGCGCAAGGUUGUGCCUCAUUGGUGCAGAUCACUUGAAGUGUCCUCGAACAUUUGCCAGCCCUGAAGCCAUUCAGAGGACAGAGGUUUAUGAAUACGCGAAGGUGCUUGGUAAUUCUCAGUAUAUCCUACUACCCUUUCAGCCAUAUAAGCUGAUAUAUGCAUACAUGCUUGUUGAAGUGGGGAAGGUUUCUGAUUCUUUGAGGUAUUGCCAAGCGUCUAUGAAGGUAUUGAAAGCCUCUGGCCGUGCCCCUGAAUUGGAGGUGUGGAAGCAAUUAAUUUCUUCACUGGAGGAGAGGAUACGCACUCACCAGCAGGGUGGAUAUGGCACAAAUCUUGCCCCAGCAAAACUAGUUGGGAAGAUUUUUACCUCGCUUGAUAAAUCUAUAUCCCGCAUGAUGGGUACACCAUCUGCACCACUUCCACCAUUGCCACAUGGAUCUGUUAGCGAUAGAGAGAGCCACUCUAUGCCUGAAGCAGCAAAAUUUAUAAAUAGCCAAUCAGUAAUGGCCAUGUCAUCGCUAAUGCCAUCUGCUUCAAUGCAGUCAAUGACUGAGAUAGCAGAGAAUAGUGAUGGCACUGGCAGGAAAAUGGCACACAACAGAAGUGUUUCUGAGCCAGACUUCGGUAGAACAUCAAAACAGGGUGGUGGAUCAGAUGGCACACAGAGCAGUGCAGCAGGAUCUGGCAGUUCUCGAUUUGGUUGGCUAGUGCAGAAGACUAUGGGAUUAGUGUCAAAAUCUCACCGCCAGAUAUGUUGACACAUUCAAUAAAUCAGGUGCAUCUGGAGCGGUGCCAUCAUAUAACAAACCAGCUGCUCCAUCCGUGACACCACCAGCUGGUGCCAAGUUCUUCAUACCGACUGCAGCACCUGUUGCUGCAGAUCAGAUGAUGCCACACCAAGCAGCAGAGAUACACAGUGAAACCAUGCAACAGGAUGAGAGGGCAGCCUCACCGCCUGCUGGAACAUCAUUCUCUUCAACCCCACCACCCACACAAUUUUCAUCGCCCCCACCACACACGCAAUUCUCGUCACCAAUGCAAUCAACAAUCCAUCGGCAAUCUAGUAUGGCGAACAUCUCCACCCCUUACCAGAGUUCCGGGGUAUCAUCAUUAAGCAGCGACACCUCAUUCUCAAAAUCACGAGCUGCAUCCUGGAGUGGAACAUACUCUGAGCAGUUCAGUGCUUUUGCGGGCACAAGAUCACCCGAUGGACAGACGGUGCGCUCACCACUCAUGCCUGGCAAACCAUCACACAGUCGUUCCAACAGCAACUCAUCAGUGCAGCUCAAUGGAUUGACAGAGGAUCUUCAUGAGGUCGAGCUCUAAUUGGCGGCUGCUCAGCAUGACUGUCGUCUUUUAUCCACCACAAAAGGCAGCCAUAACAACCCCUGAUAAACCCCUUCCCAAGCGGGUGACAGAAAAAAAAGGUGCCCACGAAAUGCUGAUCACGGGGGACGCUGCAGUUGGAAUGGGCAUGUGGGACUUUUGCACGAGAUUCUGGGGUGCGCUCUAAACCACCAAGGUAUGUCAGACAUGUACUAACAGAAAUAGAAAUGCGGGGGGUUUUGGACAUUUUGUAGCUAUAUAUAUAUAUAUGUGUGUGUGUUUUGUUUUAUGUUUUAGAGAGAAGGGAAAGAGUUGGGCUGGCCUCGUUUACAGGUGAGAAAAAUGGAGCAGGAGCCGCAUGCAGAUGCCCUUGUACAGAUAAUCUGCGCCUACCCAGUUUUUUUUUUUUUUAAAAAAAAAACGCGAACAAGUUCACACCCGCACUCCAUUUUGAUGUUCGUUUCUGGGCGAAGGAUAGAAGAGAAGGUGCGUUCUAGUGUGACAAGUAUGGCUCUGUAGAGUACUGUUGUUUUGGUGUACUGCACUAGCCGCAGUAUAUUGUCUCUGUUUUAUUCUUUGGGUACGAAUCGAUUCUUUCAUCUUGAAACAAUUGUGUUACGCCUUGUUGUG